AACAUUACACUAGUUUACAUGUUGUUGAAGUAAUAUUGGGGUUGGUAGUAGAAAAUGGUAGAAUCCAAUUAUAAGUUAUUGAAAACUUCAGUAUUAUAUCUACUUAAUCAAUGUAAGAGCAUGAGAAAGCUUAAAAUGAUUCAUGCCCAAAUACUAACAUCACCUCAAUUCUCUGAAACUGAUCGUUAUUUCCUUACUACCCGCCUACUAUUUUAUUGCGCCAUUUCAGAUUCAGGUUCCCUUCCUUAUGCUACCAAACUUUUCAUACAUCUAGAAAGAUCAAAUCUUUAUGUUUAUAAUGCUUUGAUUAGAGCUUAUGCUACCAAAUCAUAUUCUGGGCAGUCCAUGAAUUCUUUAACAAUCUACAUUAAUAUGCUAAGAAAUGGUAUUAACCCUGAUAAGCUUACUUUUCCAUUUAUCUUAAAAUACUGUAGUGGAAGGCUUGAUGUUCUUAUGGGUAUGGCUGUUUAUUCUCAUGUUGUGAAAUUUGGGCUUUGUUAUGAUGUGUAUAUUCAGAAUUGUAUGAUUAAUUUGUUGUGUGAAUGUGGGUUUUUGGGUUGUGCACAUAAGGUGUUUGAUGAAAUGUCUAAGAGGGAUGUUGUUUCUUGGAAUUCUAUGAUUGUUGGGAGUUUGAGAAAUGGGGAGGUUGAUUUAGCUUUGAGUAUGUUUAGGAGUAUGUCGAAUCGGAGUAUUUAUACUUGGAACUCUAUGAUAACUGGUUUGGUUCAAGGUGGUAAGCCAAAGGUUGCUUUGGAGUUGUUUCUAGAAAUGGUAAUGAUGAACGAUGGUGCAGUUAGACCUGAUAAAAUUACAUUUGCUAGUGUUCUUUCGGCUUGUGCGUCUCUUGGUGCAAUUCAUUAUGGAAAUUGGGUAUGUGAGUAUAUCAAGAGGAGCGGGUUAGAAAUCGAUAUGGUCACCGCAACCGCGUUGAUUGACAUGUAUGGUAAAUGUGGAUGUGUUGACAAAGCAAUUGAAACCUUUAGAGGAAUGCCAAAGAAGGAUGUUAUGGCAUGGACAGCUAUGAUCUCGGUCUACGCUCUUCAUGGGUAUGGAAAAGAAGCUUUAAAUCUUCUGCAUGAGAUGAAGGCUCAUAAAUUGAAGCCCAACAAUGUGACUUUUGUUGGAAUUUUGUCGGCGUGCGCUCAUGCUGGCUUAGUAGAGGAAGGCCGACAGUGUUUUGACAUGAUGACACGUAUUUUCUCCAUUGAGCCCUGUGUUUAUCACUAUGCUUGUAUGGUUGACAUACUUAGUCGGGCUGCACGUUUUCGUGAGGCUGAAAAGCUUAUUGACGACAUGGCAAUGGAACCAGAUGCCUAUGUUUGGGGUGCAUUGCUUGGUGGUUGCCAAACGCACAAGAAUGUGGAGUUAGGGGAGAAGGUGGCUUUGAGAUUGAUUAAUUUGGAUCCUUUGAAUCAUGCUUUUUAUAUAAAUCUUUGUGAUAUAUAUGCUAAAGCUGGUAGAUUUGAUGAUGUGAAGAAAGUAAGAAAGUUGAUGCAAGAAAAGGGAAUAAUGAAGGAUCUGCCAGGCUCUAGUAUGAGUGAAGUUGAUGGUGUUCUUCAUGAAAUUUCAGUUAGAGGUUCACAUGAACUUGUGAUGGAUGAUGUACUUGGGUUAUUGAAUAGACUACAUAAUGACAUGAAGAUUUGUGCGGGAAAUGAUGAGGCUGGUAGCAAUUGACAAGUUCAAAUGUGAUGUGAACAAGUUCAAAUGUGAUGUGAACAAGUUCAACCGACUUAUUUUUAACAUUUACACUCUGUUUGAAUGUAGGGAAAUGGGAAAAAGAGGAGGGAUUUGAGAGGAUUAUGAAGCUCUUAUUUGGAUAAUAAAAAAGAAGGGAGAGAUUUUUGGAGAAAAAUAUGGACAAAUUUAGGUAAGAAUACAAUUUUUCCUAUUUAGAGGAAAAAUAUUUAUUUUCUUUUAAACAAAUUCAUUUAUUGAGAUCAUUUCAAUUUGAAAAUAAAAAUUCGAUAUAUUUUCAAAAAUAAAUUUAAGUUUUUCAAUUUAAUUCUAAUUUAAAGGUUGGAUUAUUAAAGUUUUCAAUGUGAUUUGCUAUAUAUAUGGAAAUUAAAUGUAACACAACAAAA